AUGGUCGAUACUCAUGAGGACCCGGAUUCGGACUCGGAGGCUAUCAAUAUCUUUGCAGAUCCGGAAGGAUAUUAUCCACCGUCACCGAAACCUACCACCGAGACACAUACUCUGCUUUCUGGUGAGGUGAUAUCGCUUCGUUUGGUUGGCCAUAAUCCGCUUUGGGGUCAUCAUCUGUGGCAAGCCGCCCGCAUAAUCUCCCACUACCUCGAGAAAAACCCCUCCCUCGUCGCCCAAAAAACAAUUCUCGAGCUCGGCGCCGGCGCCGGUCUCCCCUCUCUAAUCAGCGUCCGCCUUGGAGCUUCAAAAGUAGUAGUAACAGACUACCCCGACCCAGACCUAAUCCAAAACCUGUGGACCAACAUCACAAACCUCAACCUAAACCCCACACCCUCUCUAACCUCUCCCACUAACACCAUCACCGCCCAAGGAUUCCUCUGGGGAGCCGACCCUGCCCCCUUACUCGCCCACGCCCCUGAGGGAUUUGACGUGCUUUUCCUCGCCGAUUUGCUUUUCAACCAUUCUGAACACGGGAAACUACUGUCGACUCUGAAAUCGACGCUGAAGAAAAGUAAGGAGGCGAAAGCGUACGUGUUUUUCACGCCGUAUCGACCGUGGUUGUAUGAGAAGGAUAUGGCGUUUUUUGAGCUGUGUCGCGCGGAGGGGAUGCUGGUGGAGAAGGUGUUGGAGGAGCAGAUGAAACGGGUGAUGUUUGAGGGGGAUAGGGGGGAUGAGGGGUUGAGGAGGAUGGUUUUUGGGUGGGUUGUGCGGUGGGAUUUGUAG